ACAUCAUCAACGGCUGGCCCGUCAAAGCUCGCCAAUAAUCCUCGACUGCCAGCGACUUUUGCCCCGAAGAACAAACGUAAAGCGAAUAAGAAGGAGAGCAAGAAGCAGCGUUUACGACGAGAGGAGGGAAAGGAUAAGGCUCAGGAGAGAAAUAUGAAGCUUCAAGUCAAGGUGAAAGACAGGGAGGAGAAGAAGUCGAAACGUGAGAGAGCUAAGAAAGCCUGGGAGUGA